GAGGCAGCCUGCGCGGACUCAUGGUCACAUGGUGGGUGCGUGAAUUGUCAGUAGUGGGAGCCACGCCAGCGUGAACUCUAGUGGGAAACCGCGACCAGCUGACAGUGGAGCUGCCCAUCAUGCCUCAGAAGAACAGAAAAGAGAAGGAGUCCAGUAAGUCUGGAAAGAGCAAGAAACCUGCAAAUAAAAACAGGCCUGUCGGUGAUCAUGAUGGUAAGAAAGUGGCUCCAGCGACUCAGCUGAUGAGGGUGAAGCAGCCGGGGUCACACUCGGUCGGGAGGAGGGAGAAGAGGUUGAGUUCGUCAUGCUUCCCCCUCAGUGACAACAGGGAGCUGUACAAACUAGCUGCACUGACAGACGUGGCCCCCGCGGAGCAGGAGAAGCUCUUCAUCCAGAAGCUGCGGCAGUGCUGCGUCCUUUUCGACUUCCUGUCCGACCCACUGAGCGACCUGAAAUGGAAGGAGGUGAAGCGAGCAGCGUUGAGCGAGAUGGUGGAGUACAUCACCCACAACAGGAAUGUCAUCACAGAGCCCAUCUAUCCGGAGGUGGUUCACAUGUUUGCUGUGAACAUGUUCAGAACGCUGCCUCCUUCAUCCAACCCCACUGGAGCAGAAUUUGAUCCCGAGGAGGAUGAACCCACGCUUGAAGCGGCGUGGCCACACUUACAGCUCGUGUAUGAAUUUUUCCUUAGGUUUUUAGAAUCGCCUGACUUUCAGCCGAACAUAGCGAAGAAAUACAUCGACCAGAAAUUUGUUAUGCAGCUUCUAGAACUAUUUGACAGCGAAGAUCCCAGAGAGCGAGACUUCCUCAAGACGACCCUCCAUAGGAUCUAUGGAAAGUUCCUCGGCCUGAGAGCUUACAUCAGAAAACAGAUUAAUAACAUUUUCUAUAGGUUUAUCUAUGAGACUGAGCACCACAAUGGUAUUGCUGAACUACUGGAAAUACUUGGAAGCAUUAUCAAUGGAUUUGCCUUACCUCUAAAAGAAGAGCACAAGAUAUUCCUGUUGAAGGUUUUAUUACCUCUACACAAAGUUAAAUCACUCAGUGUCUACCAUCCACAGCUGGCCUACUGUGUGGUGCAGUUUUUAGAAAAGGAUAGCACCCUAACUGAGCCGGUGGUCAUGGCUCUCCUCAAGUAUUGGCCAAAGACCCACAGUCCCAAGGAAGUGAUGUUUCUCAACGAGCUAGAGGAGAUUCUGGACGUCAUUGAGCCGUCCGAGUUUGUUAAAGUGCAGGAGCCUCUCUUCCGACAGCUGGCCAAAUGUGUGUCCAGCCCGCACUUCCAGGUGGCAGAGAGAGCUCUGUACUACUGGAAUAAUGAGUACAUCAUGAGUCUGAUCAGCGACAACGCGGCAAAAAUUCUACCAAUCAUGUUCCCCGCUCUGUACCGCAACUCCAAGACCCACUGGAACAAGACCAUCCACGGCCUCAUCUACAAUGCACUGAAGCUAUUCAUGGAGAUGAACCAGAAGCUCUUUGACGACUGCACACAGCAGUUCAGGGCUGAGAAAAACAAGGAAAAGGCCAAGUCGAAAGAGCGUGAAGAAGCUUGGAUCAAGAUUGAGAACCUCGCCAAAUCCAAUCCACAGUUCUCUAAGUAUGUUGAUCGCUCUGACCGCGAUAGUCCAGUAUCAAUGGAGACGGAUGUUCCUUUGAUAGAAGAUGUUCAAAGGUUAAAAAAGACAGUUGUGGAAGGCGCGACUCAGCUGCAGCAGGACCAGUGGAAGGAUCGGCCCAUGGUGCGGCGCAAAUCUGAGUUGCCUCAGGACAUCUACACCACAAAAGCCUUGGAGUCCCACCGCAGAGCUGAAGACAUGUUGACCACCCGCGACGGACUCUAGAUCCUGCCCCUUGACGGCCAUGGACGUCCUCCCCUCCACCCGCCCAACAGCUGUCAAACUGGAUGACCCACGUUGGGCUCGCCAUCCCUCCCUUUUCUCACACCCUCGUUUUUUACCCUGAAUCCUUUUGUUCUCGUCCAUUCCGGCUGCCCAUGCAGCAACACACUGGGCCUGUGACCAGUGCAGGAGUCCCAUGUUCACGUUCCUCAGAUUUCUGCUUUCUCAGGUUCUUUUGGUUUUAUUUGGAGAGGGACGUCCCUUUUUGUUCAUGUCUUCAAGCCCCCUCGUCGUUCUCUGUUAAGUGUGGAACCUGGACGAAGACAAGGACUACACCAUUCCUUCAUUCUUUUGUCGGGAGUAUGGAACUGCCGGAGCUGACGUUUUAUGUCUGGAUUUUGUUUUUCAUGCAAGGCAAGAAAAGUCAAACGAAAGACGAGACUUUCCCAUCGUCCAUUUCCAGUCAUUUAACGGACAUCUUGCCAGUGCCAAGACUGUUUUUGUUUUUAUCUACGAUUCAAACAGGGACACGUGCCUUUGGUUUUGGUCAGUAGUGUUUUGUUUUGUAGUGUAGCACACUUACGACCAAACUCAGGCCUGUCCGUCGCCUUGCAAUGUCCAGGAAGACAGUGAGGAAAUGGGACGUUGUCCUGUGGACAUCCGUCACUUUCCGUUUUAUUGUUUAGUUUUUUUGUUCAUGUGCCAUUUGCCGCUCUUUCAUAGGCUUGCUUCCUUGUGUUCACAGGCAAUACUUUGAAAACCCGGCGGUAAUUGUGCCCCCCACAGUUCAAACAAUGGUACUGCUGAAUGUGAUAUUGAGAUGUGCGUCUUUGCCGCAACAUUACCUGUGAUGCAGUGGCAACGUCUAGGCAAGAAGGAUUUAAAAUCCCCGUAAUUGACUGUUUUAAAGCGAUUUAAGUUAUUUAAUACAAGCUCUCACUAGUUAUAGAUGCACUUGAUGCUAAAUGAGAAACACCAAAAAAUCCCUCUCUAAACUUGACCAGCAUCGGAAAAUCAGUACUGUUGUUUCAACUAGCGAGGCAUGCUCUAUUUUCUUCAUAUUUGAUGUGGUAGUUGUCUCGUCCCUGGAGGUGAAGUAGUGUGGCCGUUCACACGGCCCUGAACCCGACUGUGUCACAAGGCCGACCACAAACAUGCCAGAUGCUGACCAGUGAACUGACAUUGUGACUUGGCUGAUUUAACUGUAUUAAUACUGUAUUUGCUUGAAUGCAAAAAGUUGUAAAUUUAAAAAGUACCAUGUUAAACAUGUACCUUUUACUCCGGAGGAAUGCCAUUCAACCAAACUUGAUUUCUUUCUUUCUUAAAAAAAAACCUAUGCUUGCUGGGAAAGAUGAUCUUUUAUGGGUUUUAUGAGUUAUGAGGUUUUAUUUUUAGUCGUUUAAAAAAAUGAGUCCUUUCGAUAGAGGCUAUUAAAAAGUUAUUUGGUGGCUUUGUCUUUUUCAUUUUUAACAUUUUAUUUCCAAAACAUAACUUAAGUGUCCUUUUGUAUGUGACCUGUACUAUAUGAUUCAUUUAAUAUUGUAUAUAUGAUUUACCUUGUUUCAUGUAGUGUUAUAUAUUUAUAUAUCUAUAUAUAUAUAUAUAUCUAUAUAUUUAUAUAUAUCUAUAUCUAUAUAUAUAGAUAUAUAUUAAUUUUGUACAAAUUGUCCUUCUGUACAGAAUAAAACCUCCUUAGCAAGAGAAAAUGUCAAUCUGGCACAUACAUUUUUUUUUAAGUCCCCCUCCUUUCUUCAUUCAUACCCUCGGCAAAAGAUUUUUCAAAAGUACUCAUAUUUUUACUGUUAACUCAUCUCCACUGCAAAUGUUCAUGCCCAUUGUGUGCUCCUAUCACUGUCUCUAGUGGUGUACAAUGAUAUAGAAUGAAUAAAGAACUUAUUUGAAUAUAUAUUUUCAACCAUG